GCUUUUCCUCCAGCAGUCAGUACUGGUCAAAAGAAUGGAUUUUACAGAGGCUUACUCUGACACAUGCUCCACAGUUGGACUUGCUGCCAGGGAAGGCAAUGUGAAAGUCUUAAGAAAAUUGCUCAAAAAGGGACGUAGCAUUGAUGUUGCUGAUAACAGGGGAUGGAUGCCAAUUCACGAAGCAGCUUAUCACAACUCUAUAGAAUGUUUGCGGAUGUUAAUUCAAAAUGUGUUAAGGCUGUUGCUACGACAUGGAGCAAAUGUUAAUGGAUCCCAUUCUAUGUGUGGAUGGAAUGCCUUACACCAGGCUACUUUUCAGGAAAAUGCUGAGAUCAUAAAAUUGCUUCUUAAAAAAGGAGCAAACAAGGAAUGCCAGGAUGACUUUGGAAUCACACCUUUAUUUGUGGCUGCUCAGUAUGGCAAGCUAGAAAGCUUGAGCAUACUUAUUUCAUCGGGUGCAAAUGUCAAUUGUCAAGCCUUGGACAAAGCUACUCCCUUGUUCAUUGCUGCUCAGGAGGGCCACACACGGUGUGUGGAGCUCUUGCUGUCCAGUGGGGCAGCUCCUGAUCUUUACUGUAAUGAGGACAGUUGGCAGUUACCUAUUCAUGCGGCUGCACAGAUGGGCCACACAGAAAUCUUGGACUUGUUAAUACCACUUACUAACCGGGUCUGUGACACUGGGCCAGACAAAGUGAGUCCUGUUUACUCAGCAGUGUUUGGAGGACACGAAGAGUGCCUGGAAAUGUUACUCCAGCACGGCUACAGCCCAGAUGCCCAGAUGUGCCUCGUCUUUGGAUUUAGUUCUCCCAUGUGCAUGGCUUUCCAAAAGGACUGUGAAUUCUUUGGAAUUGUGAAUAUUCUUUUGAAAUACGGAGCCCAGCUAAAUGAACUUCAUUUGGCAUACUGCCUGAAGUAUGAGAAGUUUUCAGUAUUUCGCUAUUUUUUGAAGAAAGGUUGCCCAUUGGCACCGUGGAACCAUAUAUCUGAAUUUAUAAAUCAUGCAAUUAAAGCACAGACAAAAUACAAGGAAUGGUUGCCAUCUCUCCUGCUGGCUGGAUUUGACCCACUGAAUCUACUGUGCAGUUCUUGUCCCAGAAGCCUCCAUAAUUACUUGCUCUAUGAAGACGUUUUGCGGAUGAACGAAGUUCCGGAUCUGGCAGUUAUUCAAGAUGGAGAUAUCAGCAAAUCUUCUUAACACAGCUCAUGCCUUACUCUGAAAACCACCAAGACAGAGAGCCAUGGAGUGCAGAGUCUUCAUGAUUUUACUGUCAGAAAUGAUGAUUUUUGUUUCAAUUUUAGGUUUUUGAUGAGGCAGUAGUUUGAUGCAAAUGUUUAUAACUGGGUAAAAAAAAAAGUAUUGUAAACUUCACUUAUGUUACUUUAUUGCAGUUUUAUCACCAGUACAUUUGGUGUUGUAAUAUUCAUUUACCUAUGAUGUAAUAUUAUCUAUGUUGUAAUAUUCAUUUCUGCUUUAUUCUGAUAAUGCACUGUGGUGCUGCUUGUAGUGCUAAACAUGGCGUAUUUCCACCUGCGAUUCUGUGUUUUUCUACGGCUAGGCGCUUAGAAUGGAAUGCAUGAAACUUCACUGGAAGUGCACACACAGUGGGGUUGAAAGCUGUUAUUUUAUUUGAGGUUGAAUAUCUCUUAUGUCUUUAAAAGCAUUAUUUUAUAUUCCAUUCUCAUCUCUUCAUUCAGUCACUUUUAUGAAGAAUUGAUAUUUAUUGGCUUUUCACAGGUAAACUCAGGGGAGAAUUUUUUAAAAAAGAAUAUAGAAAAUGAGUUAUUUUGCUGCCUUUUUUUUGUUUCCCCUCCAGUUCCUUGAUACUCACUUUGGCUAUAAAAGACUCCAUUUCUGCAAAGGCAAGAACAGACCUAACCUCAAAGGUAUGCUUAGGUGAAAAAAAGCUAGGUUGUUAUUGAGAUAAAUGAACACUUUGCCUCAUUUAGAAUACUAAUCAGGAGACUGUGAGGGGCGUUUCUGUAGUACCAUCUUAAAAGAAAGAAAGGCAUGUAUUCCUGAGUCACUUAGUAUCAAAUAAAAACAUGCAAGCUCCAUUCGGCCUCCAAAUCAGAGGGCAGAUUUGAUCCUAUGAAGCAAUGAUUGCCAGUUCUAUUAAUUUUAUAGUGUUUUUUCUUUUUAUUAUCUAGAGAAGUUACCAAAUAGUCCAUGAAAUUUUUAGACCUUAGAGUCCUAGGUUAAUGAGACACCGCCUCAUAGAUUUUAUAAUUGCUUGAUCUGAAUCUAGAGUCACAGAGGACUAAACACUGGAUCACGUGAGCUAUGAUAAGAGGCUGUGGGGACCAGCCUUGAGGGAAAGGUUAUGAAACAUUGUCAUAUACAACUAGAGAUAGGGUACAAAGGAGGGCAAGUCUUCUCUCCUGUUGGGUUCCUGUGGCUUAAAAUAGAUGGGAAUGGGACAGCCAGGUCCAUCUCUGAUAGGCCUUUGCUGUUUGAUAAAAAAGCAAGUGAUGAAGGCAGACCAAAUGAUGGAGGCAUUAUUGAGGUCCAGAGGACCAAUGAUGGGGGCAUUAUUUAGGUCCAGACUGACCUCUGCACAGAUCAGAGUUAUAGUUGCUGCCUGUGGGAUGGAGAUAAAGUUUGGAUGUGGAUAUACAGGCAGAAAUAAGUGUAAAUAUGGAAAACCAGGUGGAAAUUCUAAUACUUAAUAAAAAAUUUCAAGAAUGUAUGUGCGAUAUAGUAUUUUUAAAAUGUUGUCCUAAUCUUUUUUUUUUUCCAAACCGUAAGUCUCUGAUUUUUAACAUAACCAGUUUUUUGUUAGGGCAAAUAUACAUAGAAUGUUUACAUGUGAGGGUGACUCUUUUCAUUUGUUUUUGUUCAUGUUCAUAUAUGUCAUAAAAAUUCAGUUAACCUUAACUUAUCAUUGAGCUCUUGUUCUUAAAAAUCUGAAAAUAUUUCAGAAACAUUUAAAAGCCCUUGGUAUUUAAAAGAAAUUAUUUUACUUAACUGUGUAUAAUGUAUCUUUCUUUUAGACUAUUUUAUAAUAAAAUAUUUAUGAUUUUUAUGACCUAGAGCAAGGACUCAGUGAGAUGAGUUAUAGCUACAGCUUCUGAUCAAAACGAUACAUCUAGUUAGUGUGAACCUUAAGCCCGCCCUACGUGCACCAUGGUGCUUUAGUACUCUGUUUAAAGUUACAGUGAGUCAAUGAAGAACCCCAUCCAUUACGUAGCACUCUCAUGGUGGUACGUAUGACUAGAGCAGGCCAUAAAUCAGCCAUAAUAACAGUUGCCAAGAGUUCAUCCUUCCUUGAUCUGAUAUUAUCCUUUACUUAUAUUUCCUGCUGAUUCUUCCUGUUACAAGAUAUCUUUCUGUAAAAAUUUGAUGUAAUAGUGGUAACCUGAAUGCAUGUUGUUUCUUUAAAUUUCCCUCUCACUUUUGCCAAGUAGCAGACGUCUUGAUACGCAGCUUUCUGGUGGCUGUACUUCCCAGAGAUCAACUAUGACAGUGAUAAUCUUUGAUAGGCAGCCUAAGUCUCAUAUUUAUAUCACAUGACCAGUUGAUGUCUCUAACUGUAAAUCUGUUCUUCCCACCUAAGUCCAUUUGUAAACAUGUGUGAAAAUUGUGAUGUUUUAUGGAUCCUCAAAUAUUGUAUCAGGUACAGUUUGCAGACAUACGAGUAUUUUUGAUUGGUUACUCCCUAAAAUUCUAUAAUUUUGUUGGUCCUCAAAAAGUUAUAAAUAAUAACUAAGAAGAAUGUACAUAACUAUAUGUCUUCUCUGGAACAGUGGACUUAAUAGUUACAUUAGGUUGGGAUAUAGAAAGAAGUUGAGAAAAUUCAUCUAAAAGUUUGCCUUUCACUUUUAUACUCCUCUGUAGUCUCAGAGGUAUAUUCCCCUAAUUAUAUUUCUUGAAUAGUCAGAGAGAGAUUUGUUUGAAGAGGAACUAACUCUUGGCACAAUUAUUGACAGCAGGUGCCUAGUCUAUUGUGGAAAGAUUUUAAAAGGUGAAAAAGAUUGAAGGACUAGUGAAGUUGCUAGUAAUGUGUCCAUUUUCUGUUUCAUGAUCAAGUGUUUUAGAUCUAACAAUUUGGGGGGAUAACCAGGAAAACUGCGCUUUGCCUUCCCUCUGAUUUCAUGAGUUCAUCCUCUAUGUAAAGCAAGUGGAAGCUCAUCCCACUGGCUUCAUCCAAAUACUCAAUUUAAAAAGAAUCUGUAAGCCAAAGGGAUCUCAAAAGCUUUUCCUGUGAGCUGGGAACAUAAUAGCAUCUCGGGUACUAUUAAUUCCCCUGAAUAUCCUGUCCUAGGGCACUUGCCUCCUUCGUUCUCUCUUACCCCAAGCAGCCAGCCGCAUAACUAAGGUAUGAAGACUAAUGAGUAGAUGAGAGCCUAAACCAAGAGAUGCCAUUACUCAGGGCUCUGUGUGACCUGAGCUGGAGUAGUCACCUGAAAGGUAAUUGAAAGCAUGUACCUGCAUCAGUCAAGGAGUGCUGUGUUCUAAUGUUGGCUCUGCAUUUACACUUACACAUUCUCCUAGAAGGCAGUGUUUAUGACUUCAGGUAAAUAUGGCCCAUGUUUGAGGGCUUAGAGACUAUCAUAUCACGAUAGUUUUACAAACACACUUGUUGUUUUUUUUUCUCUUUAUCCUUUUGCAUUUUUUAACAAAACAUUUAAGGAAAAUGUAAUAUGCCUAUGUGCAACUGUUGAGAUGUCUUGUUUGGCUUUCUUUCCUUGUUUUUCUCUUUGAAGUAAAUUAGUGUGUUUAUCCUCAUCUGUAUUUAUUAUUAUUGCUAUUAAAUGACAGAUUGGUUAUUAAAACAAUACCUUGCAGUAAGUAAGUAAACUGUUUUUUUGUUGAAGCCAAUCAAAACCUGUGGUUUUAAUGAGACAGCGAACUGUUUAUGCUUAGCAUUUUUGUCACACACAAGAAGAAAAAUAUAUUGCCUUAUUUGCAACAACUAUACUGAGAGGAGACCAGUGUGAAUUAUAUUUUUUAUGGAAACAUAGACUUUGGGCACAGAUUUUAAGUACAUAUCUUCAUUUGUUUUAGUGAAUAAAACAUUUAAAUUUUAAAUAAAGGACAUUUAUUAACCUGUCCCUAUGCUAAUAAAAAUCUUUAAAACUUUUUCAUGUAGCAGUAACAAUAAUAGCACAUUUUAAGUCUCAUUUUAAAAGAAAAAAUAUUUCAAAAUUCAGGCAAAAAGGGAGGAAGGGAGAUGGAGUGAUAAUCCUAUCAUCCAGUAUUAAUGUUAACCUGUAUAUUGAAUAAUUUAUUAAUAUCUCAGGUUUUUAAAAAAUGUGUUCACAAGUUUGAGGAGUGUAUUUUUUUCAUAGUUAAAAUCAAGCCACUUUUACAGUUUUGUAGCCUGAUCAAGCCUUUUCUUUAUCACGUUAAUGAUACCUGUAGCCACACUCAAGCCACAAGUUAUCACAAAUUUUGAAUUGGUAAGAAUGAGAAAUGAGGAGGGAUCCUGGGUUGAUCCUCCUCCACCCCCCACUCCCCUCCCCGGACAUCUGCAUAAAGCAAACAGCCCCUCCCUUUAGGAAAGAAGAGAAUGAAGAUGAGAUCUUUGUUAACCUGUGCUAGUCACCUGCUCUCAGCCCAGAGUAGUCAUGCGAUUGCAUAUCCUUUGCAUUACUCUAUUACGACUGUGUGGCAUGUAUUUUUAAUGAAGGAAUUUAAAAUACCAUUAUUGCUGUAAAGAUUAGUGUCUGCAUGAUUUUUCUGUCUCUUGGCUUCUUUUCCAUGCAUAGCACUAAUAGAUGAAGCAGAACAGGUGGUAAUUGCCAUUGGCGCGGUGAGACUUGUGAAUAGCAUCUGUUUAUGUCUCUUUUACCGUCCAAUGGUUAGCAUAACCUCUUCAGUGCUCUCCUAUGUGUAUGAUAACAGUCUGUCAUCAGUCAUUAUAAGGUGCUAAUUUACACUUUUUCUAGCAUAAUGGAAUAGGUGAAGAAGAAAGUCCAUCUGGUGACUAAAUAUGACUAUGAUUGGAAUCAAAUAAUUAAAAAGGUAUAAUACUUGUGAGGUUAUUAUGGAAUAUUGCAUCAGAUAAUAUGUCGAAGACAACCAUUUCAAGCCAGAGCAGUUCCAUAAAUAGACAUAUUAGUAAUGUUAUAGUCUGGGUUUUGGUUUUAACAUUUAAAAGUUGUUUACUGUUUUAUACAGUAAAACACUCAAAUUCUUCUGGUCUUCAUCGUCCUUGUAAUUGGUUUUCUUAAGUUUACUUUUAAAUGUCACAGUGUGGUAUUUAUAUGUGUUGACAUAAGUACAUGCUUUUAAAAAAACAUUUUGUUAUGGAAAAAAUAGAGAAUUGUAUAAUGAA